UAUGCUGUUUGGAGAUGACAACCAAAAGGAAAAUUAUCGGCCGCUUGGUGCCCUGCCGGUGUUUUCGUGGCGAAGAAGAAAUCGUCUCGGUGUUGGAUUACUCUCACUGUGGCCUACAACAGGUGCCAAAGGAGGUUUUUAACUUUGAACGGACGUUAGAGGAGCUUUACCUAGAUGCCAAUCAAAUUGAAGAGCUACCUAAGCAACUGUUCAACUGUCAAGCUUUGCGCAAGCUGAGCAUACCAGACAACGACCUCUCGAGUCUGCCAACCACCAUCGCUAGCUUAGUUAACCUCAAAGAACUUGAUAUCAGUAAAAAUGGAAUUCAAGAUUUUCCAGAAAAUAUUAAAUGUUGUAAGUGUUUAACAAUUAUUGAAGCCAGUGUCAAUCCGGUCUCUAAGCUGCCAGAUGGCUUCACACAACUUCUAAACCUGACCCAGCUCUAUCUAAACGAUGCCUUUUUGGAGUUUCUUCCCGCUAACUUUGGGAGGUAA